UCUGCCAUUCAUAUGUUUGGUGACAUUAUCUCAGAGGGAAAUGAACAUUGGUCUCUUCUUUCAUUGUUGAUACAGAUAGUGAAUAUCAUAUUUUCCCCUGUGUAAACUGAAGGCCUGACAAUCUACCUGAAAUACUUGAUAGUGCCUGUGGCACGUCCAGACAGUUCUCUACAGGGACGGGACUUGAAGGAGAUUCCUGUAAAGCGAGAAAAAGAAGUUAAAACGUGUCAGCAUCAGGACACCAGGCCUGAGGAUAAAGUUGUGCUCAAGGUGGUGAACAGUGCUGACAGAACCAGAUGGCCACCACGCCCCUAGAUGGGCAGGAAAUCAUGGACAUAUUAGGGGCAGGUGAAGGUGCUGAUAAUCAGACAUCAGCACCAUCUCCACCUAAAGCCACAGAUCGAGUGUUUAACACUCGGAGUGAACUCAUAAACGGGAUUGGAGAUGCUGCUCUCAAAGCUCUGCUGGAUGGCCUUCAGGAACCCACCUCUGACAUGCCCCCCGUGAUUACUGCCAGAGAGAGGAAUGAGGUUCUGCAGAAGCACAGUGUGACGGAGGACCAGGUGACCUGCCUGGUGGACAUGGUGCUGAAGAAGGGUGACCGGGCCUGUGAGAGAUUUCUCUCCCUCCUUAAAGACGUGGAGCCUGGUGUCUGUGACCAUAGCCCAAUGAUCUUCAAUCUUAAGGAUUGGAUCUAUUCGCAGUAUAAGACAGUGCAAGAGUAUAACUCCCUACCUGGACAGGAUGUGCUGAUGACUGACCGCUACACUGACCUGCUGAUAGUCCAGCAACACAGACAGCAGAAAGAGAGAGAGGAGGAGAUUAGAUUCAGAGGAGUGAGUCUCUUCAGUGCCAGGGACGCAUAUCAAGGCACCACUGUGGACCAAUUUUUCAGUCCUGAUGACCGUGGAGAAGUUCCUAAAGCAGUCAUUCUUCAGGGCCACUCUGGACAUGGCAAAUCCUUUACGGCACAGAAGAUCAUGUUGGACUGGGCAUCUGGCAACCUCUACCAGGAUCGAUUUGAACUUAUUUUACACUUGAGAUGUAAAGAACUGAACCAGGUGUCUAGAGAGACAAGUUUGGUUGAUCUUGUGAACUGCAGUCAGACAUUUACCCCACUGAUCUCACAGAAACUUAAGGACUCACCAAAGAAGGUGCUCUUCCUCAUAGAUGGAUUUGAUGAACUGCGAUUCACAAUGAAUGAAAUCAAUUUCUCAUCUGUCAAAGACCCUUUCACACCAGCUCCUGUUGAGGCCACUCUGAGUGCUCUGUUGAAGGGGUCAAUCCUUCUUGAUUGCUUCCUGCUGGUCACCACCAGGCCCACUGCUGCAGACACACUGAGCAAAUUGCUCAAACGCCCUCAGCGUUCCACUGAGACUCUGGGUUUCUCUGAGAAGGGAGUAGAGGAGUACUUCCAGAGGUUCUGUCAAGAUGAACACAUAGCAGAGAAAGCAUUCAGCAGUGUGAAGACAAAUCACAAACUCUUCACUUCCUGCUUCAUUCCCGUCAUUUGCUGGAUUGUGUGCACAGUUUUCAGGGAGCAGUUAAAAGAAAAUUCUGAAGUGACUGAGCUAGAAACAACCACCUCCAUAUUUGUGGACUUUGUGUCCACUCUGCUGGAGCACCACUGCCAGCAUUUGAGUCAGCCCGUCCCCACUCUGCUGAGGAGCCUGGGCCAGCUGGCAGAGAGAGGGAUGCUGGAGCAGCGAGUCCUGUUUGAGAAAGAGAGUGUGGAAAGUAAAAUCUCAGAUCUAGCCACUGUUCCCUUCCUGUGCAAAUUUCUCCAGAAGAAGACAGUCAGAAAGAAAGAAAUGUACAGUUUCAUGCAUCUGAGUUUCCAGGAGUUCUUCACUGCCCUCUACUACACCUUUGACCAGAAUGAGGAGAAAAUCGAAGAGCUGCUCAGUACCAUUAAUGCAUAUGAAGCCAAGUCCCAUCUCCUACCUGUCAUUCAGUUUCUCUUUGGCCUCUCAAAUACAAAAGUGAUAGAAAACCUUGAGGAACUUGAGCUCCCAUGUGUUUCUUCCAUUCGAGGGCAGCUGGAAGAGUGGAUUCUUCAUCUCAUUGAACAAAGCAAAAGUUCUGAGGAAACUGCUGUCAUGGUGUUCAUUCUCCACUGUCUCUAUGAGCUCCAUGAGGAGGAGUUUGUGAGGAGAGCCAUGGGAGAUUGGAGCAAGAUAGCGUUUGACUCCAUUCCCCUGACCAGGACAGACUGCUGGGCGCUGCGGUACUGCCUGCAGUGCUGCCCGAACAUCAGAAGCCUGCAGCUCACAGACAGCAACAUCACGGCAGAGAAGCUGGAGAUGCUGCAGCAUGAGCUGAGCAGGUGUGAGGAGCUGAGAUUACAUGUUGGGCAGCUGCUGAUGCUGAUGUUAAUGAUCUCACCACAGCUCUAGGGGAGGGAAGAAUCCUGAGUGACCUACGUGUGGAGAGCAGUCUGUCAGAGGAGAGUGUGCAGCAGGUCCUCAGCGCCCUCUCCAUGCAGAAGUCUGUGGGUGCAGUUGACAUCUCAGUUAAGACCAUCACCAUCACCACUGCUGAGAGGCUCCUGCAGCUCUACAAGACUACACGGAU